AUGUCGAUCACCCAUAUUGUCCUCUUCCAAUUCAAAUCUGACGUCGCCGCUGAUGUCGUCCAUGGGGCUUGCCAGCGUAUGCUUGUCCUCAGAGACAGUUGCCUCCACCCGUCAUCGCAGAAGCCUUAUAUAAAAGCGUCCAUAGGCGGGAAGGAUAACUCACCAGAAGGGAUACAGAAUGGCAUUACACACGCCUUCGUGGUCGAGUUUGCAAACGCUGCAGACCGAGACUAUUAUGUUAAACAUGAUCCCGCCCAUCAAGAGUUUAUUAAGAGUCUUGACGGAAUAAUCGAAAAAGCGCAGGUUAUUGAUUUCACCGAUGGAGUCUUUUAA